AUGCUAUCACAUCUUGCAACAUCCGUUAUUAAACUCGGUCAAAAACGACAAAACGAUGAUUUGAAGGAUAUGCUGGAGAAGCUGCAAUCAUCGCAGCUAAUCGACAUGGUUGUGUCUAGCAUCGAUUCCAUCGAUGGAUAUACAUUGUGGCACUUCACUCUACUCGGAUUGGCACACUCGGAGCGAAGUGCCGGUAAACGCUUCGAGCUGGUAAUGGCCGUACUACAGCACCUGAGCGUUGUGGAGCUAUCAACGAAGCAAAUUUUUGACUUGAUCGCACGGUUUUUGACCGACCUCCCGUCUCUAACACCCGAACAGUUGGUAGAAAUUUGUGAACUUUGUGUCGAAUCCAUACGGGCUGGCGAUCCCAAAUGUAUUGCCUGGAAACAUUUGUUACCCCAAACAAUUAUUCAACUGUUGACUGGCAGUGGGGCGGGAAGAUUCAACGCCAACGGUAUGCUGCUAACCGGUACCGAUUAUCGGCAGAAAGUGUUGGAAGAGAUCUUUAAAAUGAAACUACAGUUAGCCAUUUUGACGCCACUGUGUGGAAUGUUUCGUGAUUUAACACUUUCCAAAGACGAAGCGACCAUCUUUGUGACGAAAGUAUCGGACAGUAUGAAGAACAUUGAACCGCUCGAGCUGCCACCGUUGGCGUGUCAACUGUUUCACGUUUGCCUGAAGCAUCCGUGCUUGCUGGUGAUCCCGCUGAUGGCACUGCAAAAAUAUUUCCACAAAAAUUACUACAAAAAGGUGCUGUCGAAUGAAAACAGUGACACGACGGAUUUUGAUAGCAUUGAUCGCUACUCGGACAGUGAAAUACGGGAAGCGGAAGAAACCAUCCUGUUUCACCUGUCGAACGUAGUCGAGUUUCGUAUCGAUGAAGCACAAACCGUGGCCAUGUUUAAACCGUUCCAAAACAAUCCAGAAAUUUUGCUUGCCCCGUUCCUGGUCGGUGCACUGCUAGCGAUGAGCAAAAUUAACCGUCAGCCCGACACAACCGAUGUCGUUGCGUCGCCCAUUAUGGCGUUCCUGAUCAAGCUGAUAGCCAUCAGCGAGAAGGAGCGUGAAAUGUGUACCCAAUCGGCUUGGUGCCGGGGACGCAUUGAACCGAGCGUGAUUGCACGCAUCGAUCAGCUUUUUCGCACACUGACGGAAAACAGUCAGGAGGGCAAGGAAGUGGUAACGCCGGGACUGAUUAAUUUCGCUUUUGCGCUGCUGCUGGCGAAAAAGCAAUCGAAGCUGCACGGUAUAGCGAUCAACUUCUUUCAGUUGUUCAUCAAGCGACGGUUCAUCUUUGGCAGUGGCAUCGUAGCAAAGCUAAAGAAGUAUCUGUUUGCUGAUUUAGAAGAAACGCAGUUCAACACUUGCUUGACGACGCUCAGCCUUACCAAUGCGCUUACCGUGUCGGAGUGUACUAACACGAUCCAGUUUAUCAUGGACUAUUUAUUGUUGAUCAAUGGCAUCCAUGCGAUGCGCUUCAUGGCGUUCAUCUUCCCCUUGCUUCGGAUAUCACACACGAUUCGCGAUCGAUACAUCGAAGUAUUGCGGAAGGCUAUGUACCAUGGCGAAACGUCCACACGAAUCAUGGGUGUGUUUGGCUUUUGCUCGCUACUAAAGCAGCUGAAAAACAACAACUCCCGUCGAUCGAUUAUGGGAAAUGGUGCUGGCAACUAUACACAGCUAACCAUCUCCGGCAUGUCGUUGCUGUCACAGGCCACCUACGGCUCACAAAACAAUCCGAACGUACAUUUCGAUAUGCUAACGCUCGAAAUAAUGGGAAUGUUGCGAAAAUGCUUUACACAGACGGUCGAAGUGCGGGAAAUGCUUUACGAAGCGCUUGGUAGAGCAGAAGAGUUUAACACCCAGCUGUUGCCUCACGUGUUGCAGUUUAUCGAUUGGCAUUUUGAAAGUUUUUUCGGUGAAAAUCCUAAAGAAUCGUUUCGUAUUGAUUUUGAAAAGUGUGUCCGGUAUAAGGGUGAACAGUGCGAGGAUGAUCCAACACCCGACGAGCAACGGCCGGUGGUGGUGUACGACAAUAUCGGACGGUUGACGGUGUUUAUGGUGCAUUGUGUGGUGCUAUGCGAUCAGCACGAGGUUCAGCAUGAUACCAGUGCCGUAAAAGACACGUUGCAGCUGAUUGUCGAACGGAUUGACAAUAUCAGCACAGAUGAUAUGGGAAUAAUCGGAACAUUGGACACAAAAAGUAUAAUUUUUGCUACUCAAUAUUUAAACACUCUCGAGGCUGCGAUGGCUUUCUGUGCCUGGAAAACUAAGCCGGAUAAUAACUUGCUGCGCGAUUUUGUACGACUAUUUAAACAUCAUCAGCAUUCGGUUGAGAAAUUUAAGAAAUUGGAACCGAAAAAGGGAAACAAAAAGAACGCAUCGUCUGAAGCUUCCUGCAACGCAUCAACAUUAGCCGGUUCGCUAAAGUCGGCCGGAAUUUCCUUCAAGCCAGAAAACGUAUGGGAUUUGGCCACUGUCGAAAGAAUACUUCGAAUAUCGCUCGACACCAUGACAAACUACGCGAAGGAUGAAGAUCUGAAACUGUUUCGCGGUAAUCGAGAUCUGCAGCAAUACGUGCUGAAGAUUGCCUGCCAAAAGCUCGAAGAGUUACGGUCCCUUCCGGACUAUUGGCAAGUGAAUCACAGCAAACGCAUCUUUGGCCAUCUGGCCGAGUGCACCAAGCUGGUGUAUGAUCGAUGCGUCAAGAAAACGACCGAGCUGGUCGGAAACGGCGGUUUGCUCGUUGUUCAAGCGGCGGUAGAAUGCUUCCGGCAGGGUUUAACAUCGGCGAUCGAACUGUACGAUCGCAAGUUUAACGAUUUUCUACAACUGAUAUGUUGUACAAUUGGACCUUCGUUUAAGAAGGAGUUACUUCUCCAGCUACAAACCAUAAUCGAUGAGUACUUCAAGGAUGCGUCCGAACCGGAACCGAUUGGUGAGAAAAUCAUCGUAGGGUUGGUACAAUGUUUGGAACUGUUGUACAAAUCGGCCAUCAUCACCCAAGACCAUUUGGCGCAAGGGUACGAUUGGUUGCAAAACUUUUGCAUCAACACGAAGCUGAAGCUAAAAUCGUUCGCCAUCAUGCAUCGAUUGUUGUUCGACUUGCGCAUCCGCACACAGACGGGUGCAUAUUUCGAUUCGGUAGCGAUGCGGUUGGAGCUAAAGUUUGGUCAAAUAGCGGCCGAAGAAACGAGCCCAUUGUUUUACUUUAAAUCGAUAACUUCGGCGACGGCCGAACCCACAUUCCACUGCUUGUGUGCGAUCUUUCGACAGCAGCUGGACGAAAUCGAGCAUUUGAUCCUUCGCACCAAUAGUCUUAUGAUGCGUUUAAAAGUUUUUGGACUGGAUGAUACGGAUGAAACGUCACAGCUGUUGAAGUCCAUCGAACGUUCAAUUUGCUCGCAGUUGGUACACAUUCUCGGUUCUUUAACGCAUUUGUGUAACACCAAUCUGCCGCUUGGUUCAACUAUGGACGCUCUGAUCAAACUGUUGCUUUCGAUGUAUGGAUGUCUGGCAAACUUAAGUAAACAUUUUCUGGCCCGGCACUCGAUCGUUCCGAUUGCGUACGACGCUACCAAGUUUAAUCUCGUAGUGAAAUCAUCCAAACCGCUCGCAUCAAAAAUUUACGAUCUUAUACCAUUCGUUGAGGAGAACAUCAUUGGACAGGACGAUGAAGGCGACCAAAAGGCUACUGCUAGUUCGGCGGCGAAAGCAAAAUCGAAUCGUGACAAGGUACUGCGCCAGACGAAAUUGAUCCCCAAGCUCGUGUUUCGUAUCGAAACAUUCAACAAGAUCGUUAUGCAGUUAAGCAAGAAGACAAAAAAAGAUUUAACCUAUCUACUGCACAUGGGAACGGUGCGAGACUUCCGCAUCAAGACAUCGGCACUGGUGGAAGCGAUUCAGCGAACAGUUUCGGAUAGAGCGGAGGAUGGAGAAGAGCUAGCUGAAGAGGAGGAAAGCGAGCCGCAGUUGGAUCGAAACGAAAUGGAUGAUGACGAUGAUGAGGAAAACGUCGAUCGUACUGCUUGUUCGAAUCGGUCGGAAGUGAUGCAGCAAACGAGAGGACACAAAUCAAACCUUAGUGCGGAAGCUUUGGCGUUGAAGAAUUUAGCCCGGCUGAAUGAGCGCACUAGGAAGGCGGCAAAGAAACGCGCGUUUGAAACUAUACAAGAUGGAGAAGAGGUACCGGCGAUGGUGAGUAAAAGAGCUAAACCUACAAAAAAGAAAGCAACUGGUUCCAAGAUUAACAAACGUGUGCUGGAAGAGGUGGCGGCGAUAGAGCAUGGGGAGAAGCGUGUGGUAGAGGCACAAGAUGUGCAAGUGGCACAACAUGUAACGCGUACACGUACCCUAGGAUUGCCAAGACGAAGCGCAAGAAAGCAUGACAUGUAA